AUGUAUGUUCCGGAUGCACUACGACAGACGUUUACUCGCUUCGUUUCCAUCGGUCGUGUGGUGCUUAUCAACUACGGCCCGGACGCUGGUAAGAUUGCGACGAUUAUCGACGUCGUGGACGAGAACAAGGCACUCGUAGAUGGCCCGUUUUGUGUCACGGGUGUCCACCGUCACAUGAUCAACUUCAAGCGUCUGUCAUUGACGGACUUGACGGUGGAGAUCCCGCGUCAGGCGCGCGAGAAGACGCUCAAAAAGGCAUUGACCAAGGCUGACACGUUGGCCAAGUGGGAGAGCUCAACGUGGGCCAAGAAGCUUCAAAACAAGAAGACACGCGCCGAGCUGAAUGACUUUGACCGCUUCAAGGCCAUGAUCGCGCGCAAGCAGAAAAGCUCUCUCGUUAAAAAGGCUGUCGCUGCAGCCCGCAAGAACUAA